AACGUACUAAAAUACUAGCGGUGUUUUUAAAGCUGUGCAACACUGGCGAUUAGUAUUGAGUAAUAAUGUUUUUCGGCAAGCAGAAUUUAUUGUCUUUGAUAUUUUACAAAAAUAUUGGAAUUAACAAUGAAUUGUUGCGUUUGUCAGUUUUCCGUUCGCAAUCCUAAAAAUAUAUAUGAGGAAACAAUCGGAAGGCCUCCAGUAUUGAUAAGCGACUUGGUCCUGCAAUGCACGAAGGGUACAAACUACGUCCUCAGCGAGGUGGGCUCGGCGAUAUGCAAGAAAUGCAGCGAGAAAUUGUCACGCUACCAUAAGUCCUUACAAAUAGCGCGUAAGCUGCGUCAGGAGAUACUAGAAUUAAUACGAAGUCCAUUUUUAAUAAAGGACUUUAAGGCGGCAAUCUCACGGAAUGAGAUUAAAAUGGAGGACGUUGACAAAUUUGAUGAAAGUGUCGAGGAGGUCGAGACGGUGGACGCAGCUGACUUGGAUGAUGGAUCCGAUACGGUGGCAGUCAAUUCAUCUCUUUUGAAUUCAUCAACGAUCGUGUUGGAAACGGAGGCAGAGACAGAUGCGGAAGAACACAUUCUUAUAGAAAAGAAUUCGACUUGUGACGAAGAGGAAUUUCAGGCAGUUGACUUAGACUUGGAUAUUGAAAAUGAGAUCAUUAUAAAUGAAGAGGUGCCUGAAGCGGAUAUCGAUGAAGAUGGGAAACAUGCUUCCGAUGAUUUAGAAAUGUUUAGAGAGGAGAAGGACAUGUUAAGUGAAUUCGAAGACCAAAUUGACGGAACUAUAGAAUACUUAAUCUCAGACGCUGAGGAUCAAGAUAGUUCUGGUGACUAUACUGUCAACAUUCAAUGUCCAAGCUGCCCAGAGCAAUUUAACAGUCGUCGUGCCUACAAUGCCCAUACAAAACGUGAACACUUCCCCGGCUAUGUGUGUGAUCAGUGCGGCAAAACUCUUCAAUCAUAUUCUGGCUUCAUUGGCCAUUUGCAGAAUCAUGAGCCGGUCAAGCAAUUCGAGUGUCCUCAUUGUGGGGAACGCUUCAACCGUAAGUUUCGCCUUAAACAUCACAUGGCUUGGCACACUGGGGAGACGCCAUAUCAGUGUGAAGUCUGCUCAAAACGCUUUGUACAUAAGGUUGCUCUCUAUAAGCACAAAAUGAUCCAUGACAACGAGUCCAAGCGACUGGAGUGUCAAGUUUGUGGCUUUAAGACCCGAACAAAAGCCCAUCUGGAGAGGCAUAUGCGGUCCCACACAGGCGCCAAACCCUUUGCCUGUCCUGUGUGCAAUAAGCGCUUCUCCCAAAUGUACAACAUGAAGGCGCAUUUGCGGGAACAUGAAAAUCCGGGCAGUAAUCGACAUAGACGAUUCCACUGUCCCAAAUGCACACACACCUUUAUUAACGAACAGAACUACUUAACCCAUUGCCAGAGGGACGAUUGUACGCCUGUGUAGCAUACGGCGAAAUUAACUACGGAGUGUUGAAUUUAUCUAAAUUUUUGUAUAUAUAUAUAUUCUAAGAAUUCAAUUGAUUUUUAAGAUAAUAAUAACAAAUGAUACUUGAAUAAAACCAGUUUGAAUGUCCAUUUA